ACUUUUCAGAAAUUUUAAAUAUCAAAAAAACAAAAAGAGAAGACUUUGGCAUUGUGGUAUGGCCAUUACAAGACAUAUGGGUCCCAAUUCUCAUCACUCUCUCCUUUACUCUGCUUUCAUCAUCUCUCGUCUCUCUCAAAUACGCUUGAAGAAAGAAACCCUUUCAUCUCUGUGCCUCUUUCUCUUGAACGGUUCAUUGAAAAGACCCUCUCUUUGGAUUAUUAGUCGACAACAUGCGUGGUGGUGGGUCAGAGUUUGAGACGGGGAAGAGUAACCUUCUUCCGGCUGAGAGUGAGCUGGAGCUGGGAUUAGGGCUCAGCAUCGGCGGUGGCGCGUGGAGAGAGCGUGGGAGGAUUCUAACGGCUAAGGACUUUCCUUCUGUUGGGUCUAAACGAGCUGCUGAUCAGUCUUCCUCUCACCAAGGACAAGGAGCUUCUCCUCCUCGCUCAAGCAGUCAGAUAGUGGGAUGGCCACCGAUUGGGUCACACAGGAUGAACAAGGUGAACAACCAAGCUCCUAUGAAGGCGGCCAAAGAAGAAGAAGAAGAAGAAGAGGGGAAGAAGAAGAAUGAUGAGACUAAAGAUGUCUCAGUUCAGGGUUUAGGGUAUGUGAAAGUGAAUAUGGAUGGAGUUGGUAUAGGCAGAAAAGUGGAUAUAAGAGCUCAUUCUUCUUAUGAAAACUUGGCUCAGACGCUGGAGGAGAUGUUCUUCGGAAUGUCAGGUUCUACUACUUCUCGGGAAAAGGUGAAACCUUUGAGGCUUUUAGAUGGUUCAUCAGAGUUUGUACUGACUUAUGAGGAUAAGGAUGGAGAUUGGAUGCUUGUGGGCGAUGUUCCUUGGAGAAUGUUUGUCACUUCGGUGAAAAGGCUUCGGAUCAUGGGAACCUCUGAAGCUAAUGGACUUGCAGCUCCAAGACAUCAAGAACAGAAGGAGAGACAAAGACAAUGAAACUAUCCUGUUUAGCUUCCCUUACAAAUCUGGCAUUGUUAUGUGUUUCUUUUUUGAUUUUGUGGAAAGUAACUCAGAUACUUAUUGAAGAAAGUAUACCGGGUGAAUCCGAUAAAAGCUGGUGGAGCUUAAGAUUUGAUAUUAGUCAUGGUUUUCAUUUUAAGGUAUUUCAAUUAGUAGUUUUCUUGGUCUUUUGUUUAUUUAUUUUUCUUGUAAUGUAAAUAGUUGAAGCCAUUAUCUAAUGUGAUAAAAGAGUUCUGUUUUCUUGUGA